AGCGCUCGGAGCUAUUUCCGGUGGUCGCUCCUCCACCAGCGGGUGUCUCCAUUUUGGCCGCCUCUGGAGACGCAGCCAGGCUGUGCGGAGUAGCGGAGCGUAGUCGUUAGUAGUCGGAGAGCCGAGUCGGCUCAUCGCACACUCCGCCUUGAUUCCUCUGCCCGCAGAAGCCGGGGGCGCGCAUGGCUGGCCUGGAGGUACUAUUCGCGGCCGUGGCGCCAACCAUCACCUGCGCGCAGGACGCGCUCGUCUGCUUCCUGCACUGGGAGGUGGUGACACACGGCUACUACGGCUUGGGUGCCAGCGACCAGCCAGGUCCCAGUGAUAAGAAAUCAGAACUUCUGCCAGCUGAAUGGAACAGUAAUAAAGACCUGUACGUCCUCCGGUAUGAGUCUAAGGACGGGUCCAAAAAGCUCCUUGUGAAGGCUGUCACGGUUGAGAACAGCAUGAUCAUCAAUGUGCUGGACAUACAAGAACAGUGAGGAGCUUCGGUCUCGUAUUGUGUCUGGAAUCAUCGCACCUAUCCAUGAACAUUGGGACAAGGCUAGUGUUAGCAGUCCUCACCAGGAGUUUCCCCCAGCCACUGCCAGAGAGGUGGACCCGCUCCAGAUUCGCCCACACCACCCGCACACCAGCCGGCAGCCUCCCUGGUGCGAUCCCCUGGGCCCAUUUGCAGCCGGAGGAGAGGACCUAGACCCCUUUGGGUAUCGGAGAGGUGGCAUGAUUGUGGAUCCCUUGAGAUCUGGCUUCCCAAGAGCACAUAUUGACCCAUCCUCGGGCCUCCCAAACCGGCUUCCCCCAGGUGCUGUGCCCCCAGGAGCGCGCUUUGACCCCUUUGGACCCACUGGGACCAGCCCGCCCGGACCUAACCCAGACCAUCUCCCCCCGCCGGGCUACGAUGACAUGUACCUGUGAAGGCCUCAAGAAUGUAGCUUCCCAGCCUUCCCUCCACUCUCCUGGAGUUGCCGCCGCUGGCCCCGUCAGCAACCGUGUUCUUGCAGGCUGGGGCGAUGGACUCUGCCCUGUGUUUGCAGGCCGGCUGGGAUUGCCUCCCCAUCCCCUGUCAGAGCCAAGGCACCUGCUGCAGACCUCCACUUGGCUGCAUAUAGGUGUCAAAGAGAAAUCAGUGUGUCCUCCCCACCAGCUGAUUCCACUUUUCAAGGGAGACUCCGGCAGCAUAUUAUCUUUGACCAGUGCAGUCCCAGUUGCAGCGCUAUAAGAACAGAACACAUUUUGGAUGUAAGAACCAAAUGUCAAUACAAAAGUCAUGUUGCCAGUCUCCCACUUUUCUUUAUUGCACAGCUCCUUCCAGCUGUGAGACUUCAGAGUUUGAAUCUUUGUGGGGCUAAAUGACUCUUUUCCUUCCCAGAGCCCAUUCUUGCUCCUCAGGCACCUUCCCUUCAUAAAUUGCUGUUGCUCCCAACAUAAUGGGUUCCAGUUUGGCUACAAGGUUGAAAAUGAGGGUCUGGAAACCCUUUAGGCCAUGAAAAUGACUUCCACAAAGGCAGGCAUGUUGCAGAAAGACUGUGUUAUUUUGAAAAUGGUAGAAUCCUCCAGUUCUUCCUGUCUGAGCCAGUCCUCUGGGUCCGUCUGUGCCAGGGCAACGGUAGUCUAUAAACAGAGGAAUAAACAGAAUAGAUCUGAAGGCUAAUCUCAUUUUUGCCCCUAACUUAUGGAGUGGCCCUAAAUAAGUCCUUUCCUCUUCCUUUUUGGGCUUUUGUGCCCCCCUAUGUAAUAUGAGGUGUCCUUCCUGCUCUGAAGCAUUCUGAUGUCUGCUGCCAUGGACGGUGACCCCUAGGAACUGGGGCAAAAGGAAAAGAAUGAAGGUUCAAGGCUGUGUGUGAUAUUUACCUAUGGCAGAGUCUAUAACUCUGCCUCUCCCCUCGGCCCCCUUGGGACCCAGGCAAGAGCACAGGAGCAUGGGCCCCAUCUAUAGUACUGAACUUGGGGAGGAGCAGAGAGCUCAGCCUCUGGAAGCCUGUGGCCUCUGGCCAGACCCACCUGACCUUUAGUGGUCUCCAGAGCCUUCUCAGCCCAAGACCUGACAGACACGGUCAGAGAUGAACCCCUGUGCUGGAGUAGAAAGAGCACCUUAGAGCACCAUGCUCAGAGGCAAGAGAUCAAGGCAGUAGUCACUUCCACUCCACAACUGGCAUUUUAACCAUGGCUGGGUCCUUUCACUUCUCAGCUCAGUGGGUUCCUCCCCCUAAAUUAGGUCGUAUUAUUUAUCUGUGGGCAGCACACUACCACCCAGAGCCUUCCCAAGGUGUCUGACAUGCUAUAGCCUGGGAUUGCCUGUCUGCCCUGCCUGAGAGUGAAUGAAACUGGCACAUGGGCCCAGGGUCAAUUUGAGAUGGAGCUGGGCCUGGGUAGGGAGGUGAGCAUGAGCAGGCUCCCUGGCACUUCUGGCAGACCCCAUCUCCAGCACUGACUGAGUGAAAGACUACCUUGAAGCCUUUAGAACAUCUCUCUUCUGGAGAAAGACCCAGAGAUCAGGCAGAGCCAUCAUCAAUCAUAGUCCUCCUGAAGGGCUGGCAAAUGUGUGGAAUAUUUUUGUUUUGAAAUUGGAUCAUACCUGCUACCAAAAGACCUGGGGCAAUUUGCUCAUAAAAGCAUCCUUUAUUAUUAAAGGAACCUAAGACCAGAGACCAUCAAACAAGCAGGGAAAGUACAUCACUUUUUGGACCCUGACUCAAAGAAAAGACAAGAUUGAGACAAUAAAUUUGCCACUGAGAUUUUCUAGUAGCAAAGGUCAAAAGGAUAGUCAUAUACAUAAUUCUGUUUUCUAAAAACAAAAACUUUAGUGAUUAAUCUGCAGAAUCAGCCAUUUUUUGUGUGUGAGUCUUACUUGCAUCAAGGACACUGAAGAACAUAGGCAAUGUCUUGGUUAUGUUGGGGGAAGUGAGUGGAGCCUUCAGGAACUUCCAGGACAAGUUAUUCAUGCUUGUAGUCUGGGCCACUUACCUCUUUCCAGCCAUGAAUAAUCACCAAGCAGCAAAUGAGAAUGGUUUGGGUAUAUGUUUUCUGGAACCCAAAAUUUGGCUGGAGCCUUAAUAAUAAAGACCAACACUUAA